CUGUGAUUGGUCAGAUCCUGGGGGCUCGCCAUGACGUCAGAAGAAUCGUCACAUGGUGGAAAGGGAUCACUUUCCACACACAGGGCGAUCGUCAGCAGGGGGAAAUAAAAAUUAGGUCAGAUUCUCCGGACACAGACACCUCAGCAGCAUCUAUUUGAAGAGAAUACGUUACACCUGAGGUCUCAGUGCAGGAAUGUUUCCAGCCAUAACAAAGUCAGUGUGCCGGAGUGCUGGCCAUGACCUCCAGAGGACCCAGCUGGUGCGGCACUGCGUACGUUUCUUCAACGGGUUCUCUCAGGACGAGAUGCCUGUCGAAGAGACGCCCGCACCGAGGAUCCUCAUCACAGGUGGUUUGGGACAGCUGGGAAGUGGGCUUGCCAGCCUACUCAGGAAGAAAUAUGGGGCUGAUAAUGUGAUCAUGUCAGACAUAGUGAACCCACCAAGACAUGUCAGAGAAUCUGGUAGAUACAUCUAUGCAGACAUCCUGGACUUUAAGAACCUUCAAGAGAAGGUUGUGAACGAGGGCAUUGAUUGGUUGAUCCAUUUCAGUGCCCUGCUCAGCGCUGUGGGCGAGGCUAACGUACCCCUGGCAAUCAAGGUAAACAUUGAAGGUAUGCACAAUAUCCUGGAGGUCAGUAAACAGUACAAACUGAGGGUUUUCAUCCCCAGCACGAUCGGAGCCUUCGGUCCGACCACCCCGCGUAACCCGACCCCUGACCUCACCAUCCAGAGGCCCCAGACUAUCUACGGUGUGGCGAAGGUGCACGCUGAACUCAUGGGGGAGUACUACCACCAGAAGUAUGGUCUGGACUUCCGCUGUCUGCGCUUCCCUGGUAUCAUCUCUGCAGAAACGCCACCUGGCGGUGGAACUACAGACUAUUCAACAGAAAUCUUCCACGACGCGGUGACGACCCAAAGACACGAGUGUUUCCUGGAGCACGACACACGCCUCCCCAUGAUGUACAUCGACGACUGUACGCGGGCCACAGCGGAGGUGAUGGAGCUGCCCGAGCACAGACUGAAGCAGCGCGUGUACAACAUCCAGGCCAUGAGCUUCACUCCUGCAGAGAUCUACGCAGAGGUGAAGAAACACGUGCCUGACAUGGAGAUAGAGUACAAGCCUGACAGCAGACAGGCUAUAGCUGAUACCUGGCCACAGGUCCUGGAUGACACCAACGCCAGACUGGACCUGGGCUGGAACCAUGAGUACGACCUGCCCAAACUGGUCACGACAAUGCUGACCAAGAUCAGGGCACAGAAGGAGGCCAAACAACGAACCACUGCACAGAUGGAAGCUGCUGCUAUGUAAGAGUUGGGGGGAAAAAGCUGAUGCUGCUUCCAAAUCCAGGAAGAAACUUCCACAACCAAACCUGUCACACAUGCUGUGCCAUGUGCACAUGGCAGACUGAAGAAAAAUGAUAGCAGAUAUAGGAUAAGCAGAUUUCAUGUAGUUACAUAAUGGUUAUCCUGAGGCACAGUCGUGCAAUAACAACAUUCUCGGGUGAUAGGCAAAUGUAUAAAUGAGCAUGAUUUGAGUAUAGUAAGCUGGUUCAUGGUUUCAAGUGUGCAUACCCAGUGUGGUACAUUGUAGGUAGUAUGUCAAAGUUGAAAAUCCUCUUACAAAACACUUCUGGACGCAGUAUCAAGCACAAAACUGUUUACACCUUAGGAGCCUUCUCCUUUGACCUCAGGCAUAUGCAGUUCAAACCAUCAACCAGCUUAUUGUGUCUCUCUACCAAUUCUGCAUGUACUUAAGGACAGGAUGGUAGUAAGCUACUUAGAAUAACUUAUUAUGGUUCAUCACAGUAACAUGGAGCUUAAAAGAACAAGAAGAUCCCACCUCCGUGUCAACAAUUUAGAAGACGAAAAUGAUCUCGCUCCUUGACAUGGUUAAGAGGAGUAUACACGGUACAAUCAAUUGUAUUCUCUGUAGCACUGCUAAAACUCUGUGUCUUAGUCAUAUUUGGCCUGAAGUACUUAAUGCAAGAGACAAAGUCAUAUUUUACUAGGGAGGAAAGAAAUAUUUUUAUCCAUAUCAAAAUAGUAUGCCAUAUUAGUUGUGAUUUGUGAUGUUUUACUCAUGUUGAAAAGGGAGACACUUGCACUUGAGCUUAUAUAUUGCAGAAAAUCAGGUAUAAAAAUGCAUGGACAAAGGUGAGGAAAUCGUACUUAAAAUGUUACCUAUGUACAGUACACUUCCGAUGGAUAUCAUAAAAAAGGGGUUCAAUGAAUACUGGAUUUUAAUAUUAUAGGGAAAUGUGUUAAGCAUUUGAUUUUCAUUGCAUGUCUGCUCUAUAUUUAUAUGAAAUAUCAGAUUUGUGCACACCACAAACUCCAUUCUUUAUUAUAUGUUGUGUUUUAGAAUAUGAUCAUGCUGUGAAAAUAUUUUGUACAGAUACUGUUAUGUAGCUCUACUAUCAUGUUCAAUGUGGGAAAAUACAAGGCUGCAUAGACUAGAUAGAGUUGUAGACAGAAGUGUAUUUUGCCAUGUUUGUAAAUUUAAUUUUUCUUCUGUGUCACACUUUACCAAAGAGCCACUACUUUUACUGCAUUUUAUUCAGUAUUUUCCACAUGACAUUUUUAUUUUUCCAGCACCAUAAUUGUUUUAUAACCUAAGUGUAUGUUUUGUCAAAAGCAACAUGGUGACUUUGUGAACUUGACAAUGUGCACAAUGUAACCGUAAGCUAUAAAUGGUAAGGACUUAACUGCCAAGUAUCAGUCAAUGAUCAGCCAGCCAGUGUUAAUGGAUAAUAUGCUGUUUUAAGUGUCAUCUCUUUUUGUCUUGAAGUCAUAACGACAAUGCAUAUGUUGGAAAGCAAUCCAAAGAAGAUCAUGUGUUCUCGAUAUGUAACAAAUCUUGUGUGCAUAAAUGAUGCAACUGUGACAGAAGAGAAAUAUGGUUAGAUUUUAAUGUCAUUCAGUUAUCAUAUAUUUUCAACAAUUGUACUUUCAAGAAAUAUAUUUGCGUGAACUUCAAUCAAUGUGUUCAAGUACAUUUAUCAGUGAAACAGAUGUCAGGCAUGCAUUGGCAUUAAAUGUAUGGGAAAAAGUUA